AUGGCUCCCAAAAAAAGACCAGGACCCAUAGUCAUAGGCGGCACGGGAGAAGCACAGACCACAGGUUCAAAUAUAGGCGCUGCAUCAGAAGCAAACCUAGAGGCUCUUCAGAAGAAACUAGAGGAACUUGACUUGGAUGAGCAACAGAAGAAGCGUCUGGAGGCCUUUCUCACGCAGAAAGCCAAAGUUGGAGAGUUAAAGGACGAUGACUUUCAGCGCAUCUGUGAGCUGGGAGCAGGAAAUGGUGGUGUGGUUAAUAAAGUCUGCCACAAGCCCUCUGGACUGAUCAUGGCCAGAAAAUUGAUUCAUCUUGAGAUCAAGCCAGCAAUCAGGAAUCAGAUCAUUAGAGAACUGCAAGUCCUGCAUGAGUGUAACUCUCCCUAUAUAGUGGGCUUUUAUGGAGCCUUCUACAGCGAUGGAGAAAUCAGUAUCUGUAUGGAGCACAUGGAUGGAGGCUCCUUGGAUCAGGUGCUAAAAGAGGCUCGGAGAAUUCCAGAAGAAAUCCUGGGCAAAGUCAGUAUAGCUGUUUUAAGAGGUCUCGCUUACCUUCGAGAAAAGCACCAAAUCAUGCACAGAGAUGUCAAACCUUCAAACAUACUGGUGAAUUCACGAGGGGAGAUCAAGCUGUGUGAUUUUGGAGUGAGUGGCCAGCUCAUUGACUCCAUGGCUAACUCUUUUGUAGGCACAAGGUCGUAUAUGUCGCCGGAGAGACUGCAGGGCACUCAUUAUUCAGUGCAGUCGGAUGUGUGGAGCAUGGGGCUGUCUCUGGUGGAGCUGGCAAUUGGCCGCUACCCCAUCCCUCCCCCUGAUGCCAAGGAGCUGGAGGCCAUUUUUGGGCGGCCGACGAUGAACGUAGAGGAGGGAGGAACGCAGAGCAUGUCACCACGACCUCGACCUCCAGGGAGACCCGUCAGCGGGCAUGGGCCAGCCAUGGCUAUAUUUGAGUUGCUGGACUACAUAGUCAAUGAGCCUCCACCAAAACUGCCUCAUGGAGUCUUUACUUCAGACUUCCAGGACUUUGUGACCAAAUGUCUCAUCAAAAAUCCUGCAGACAGGGCAGAUCUGAAGAUGCUGAUGAACCACACGUUUAUUAAGCGCUCAGAGGUGGAAGAGGUGGACUUUGCAGGCUGGUUGUGUAAAACUAUGGGCCUCAACCAACCCAGCACGCCCACCCGGACAGCUGAAUAACUGAAUGAGAGAAAGUUUCAGUUUCCCCCUAAAACACACACAUGCACAGGCUCAAUCUUUCUCUUUUCCUUCUCUCUCGUUUGUCACCGGUAAUCCUGCCACAUUUUUGCACACACUUCUCAUGUACAUGCGCCCACAUCCUGGAUGCAUACGCUGUCCCAGUGAAAAAUAACUUAGCAGUUUUACACUGUACCCUGCUCAUGCAAAAACAAACAGAACUGCCACAAGUAUAUUUUCACAUCUAUGUUAUAUGCAUGCAGACACAAACAUUAUUUUAAGGCCUCUCAGGUGAAUCUUAUAUUAAAUAAAGAAUUAUAUAGAGAUAUGCCUUUUAUCUGGGCCUAGAUCAUGUGCUACAGUUUUUAUAUAUACGUAUACAUACACACACACACACACACACACACACAUAUGUAUAUGUAUAUAUAUAUAUAUAUAUAUAUAUAUAUAUAUAUAUAUAUAUAUAUAUAUAUAUAUAUAUAUGUAUAUAUAUAUAUAUAUAUAUAUAUAUAAUAAAUACAGUAUAAGGAUAAAAUGUUCACCUCAGUCACUGUUGUAUCAGGCAGUCAUGAUGAUUUGAGUUGUUCUUUAGUCUUUUUUGCCAUUGACCAUGAACCAGAAAUGAUUGUAUGUGGCAUUCAGCCUUUAUCUCAAAGAAAAUAAAAAUAAAUAAAAAAACUCUGAUUUGUAGGUAUUCAUUA